GCGCACUCUCCUGUCUGAUGUCAGCUAUUAUUGCUGUACUACUGUAGUCUAUAAUCUGUAUCAACUGCAAUAAUUUUCAGGACAUUCAGUUUAACUAAAAAUGGAAAUAUCUUUUAAAGGCAAAAGAAUUCUCGUUACCGGUGCCGGGCAAGGUAUCGGCAGAGGAAUUGCGAUUGAAUUAUGGCGUGCAGGUGCAAAUAUAGUUGCAUUGUCACGAACUCGUUCGCACUUAGAAAGUCUUCAGAGUGAAUACCCCUCUAUAGACAUUGUAGACGUUGAUAUAGGAGAUUGGGAGAAGACGAGGAAGGUUGUUGAAUCUUUAGGUCACUUUGAUGCGUUGGUGAACAACGCAGCUGUUGCUGUAUGUGAACCAUUUUUGGACUGUUCGCCGAGCAACUUUGACAAAACGUUUGAUGUAAAUGUUAAAGCAGUCUUAAAUAUAAGUCAAGUAGUUGCAAGGAAAAUGAUUGAGAAUAAAACUCAUGGUGCCAUUGUCAACAUCUCAUCUCAGGCAUCAAAGGCUGCUCUGAAAGACCACACCAUCUACAGUGCUUCAAAAGCUGCUUUGGAUGCUCUGACUCGAGCUAUGGCUUUAGAACUAGGACCAUAUGGAAUCAGAGUAAAUGCUAUCAAUCCUACUGUGAUAAUGACUGAGAUGGCUAAAGUUGGUUGGUCAGAUCCUAUAAAAGCCAAUGAAAUGCUUUCUAAAAUACCACUUGGAAGAUUUGGUGAGAUAUCCGAAGUAGUAAAUGCGGUGGUUUUCCUCCUGAGUGAAAGAUCUAGUAUGAUUAAUGGUGUAGAAUUGCCCAUAGAUGGUGGUUUCCUCGCUACAUAAUAUCUGAAUAUAUUAUCAUACCAAAAGACUUGCGAAUUGUAUGGCUUAAUAUAUUUUGAAAUAUUAUUACAAUUAACGAAAGUGCAAAAAAAACAUAGUGAGAAUAACCAAAGAUUGAAAAUGCUAAAAAAUAUUUUUGGCCAUAUAUGUAUAACCAAAAAAAUGUCAAAUUUCUUCUCUUAAGUUGUUGCGAAACUAGAAGUUAGUCAAGAAUUAUAUCCAGACAACUUCUAUUAAUCUUAAUACAUUUCGAAUUUAACUAUAUUGAAAACUUACCAUAAAUAUAAAAAUA